ACCUGCUGCUGGUGGGCUGUCGCAUAAAAGCUUCCUGACGCAACAUGGACAAACGAAUUCACAUUGACGUGUCAUGCUAUUUUUUCGACUCCGUACCUUGACACAUUCCGCCAGAGCCGACCGUAUUGUUAUCUAGUCAACCGGCACUGGCAUCGGGCGUCGUCAUCAACGCUACGCUGAGAGCCGCCUCCCCAAAGCAGCCCCUCUGGUGCGAAACCAUCCCGCGACAUCGGCGUCGAUCUCUGAAUACUUUGUUGAAAGAACCCUCGAACGGCGAGUCGUCACAAGGCCGACACCGUCGGGCGUGUCUCACACAAUGCACUUUGCCUACCCCCCUCGAAAGAGCUCGGAUCCCCCACCGUUUCGGCCACGAUCGACGAGAUUCCCUUUAUUGCGAAAAGCGCGACUUCGAACGAUAGGCUUGAUACUUGUGGCGAUACUAGGGCUCGUCUGGCUACUGUCCGGCCGGAGUCAAGAGGAGGUUUACCAGGAGCAUGUUCCCACAGGGGAGCCUCCCAUCGUGAUUGUGACGGUCAUCGAUCCCCGGAGCUACAGCGCAUCGUACUUGAGGUCCGUGCAAGAGAACCGUAGGCAGUACGCAGAGAAGCAUGGCUACGAGACAUUCAUUGUGGAAGCCCAGGACUACGAUACGAAGGGCUACCAGCAAUCCUGGGCCAAGGUGAUGGCUAUGCGACAUGCGCUGUCGAAAUACCCGAAUGCGAACUACAUCUGGCACCUCGAUCAGGAUGCUUUCAUCAUGGAGCCCUCGCGCAAGGUGGAAGAGGUCGUUGCUGAUCCUCGCGUCCUCGAAAGCUUGAUGAUCAGGGACCACCCAGUCGUGCCGCCGGACAGCAUCAUCAAGACCUUUAAGCAUCUCAAGGGCCAAGAGGCCGCCAUGAUUAUCAGUCAGGACAACGACGGACUCGUCGCAGAUAGUGUGUUGCUGAAGACUGGCGACUGGGCGCGAUACGUAACGGAGACGUGGAUGGAUCCGUUGUACAUGUCGUAUAACUUCCAGAAGGCAGAGAGGCAUGCGCUGGAGCACAUUGUGCAAUGGCACCCAACGGUCCUGUCCAAGAUUGCGCUGGUCCCCCAACGGACAAUGGCGUCGUACGCUCACACGAACCUGGGAGAGGGCUACCGAGAGGGUGAUUUUGUAGUCAUGCUGAAGGGAUGCACUGUCGCGGGUGAGAGCAGCUGCGAGAAAGAGUCCCAGUGGUAUUGGCAGCGGUUUCGGGAGUUGAUAGUCCAGAUGUAGACGGCCCAUUGCGGCCCAGCCUUUGAAAUUGCCCAACAGAUGAUCAAAACUCCCCUACCCCGGAGAUCUGGAAUGAGGCCCCCGCGGGAACCUGCGGCGAGUCUCCAGAGAUUGAUAUUGGACGUGCUCUGCAGCCAUCCGUCUUGCGCGCGCGGCCCCGACGCCGGGGCCCGCGGGUUCCGACGUUGCGCGGCGCACCGCGAGUGGCGUCUCCGUCGUAGUAAUGAUGAGUUGAUACAAUCGCG